AUGCUGACUAUAUCUUUGUUUUAUAUGUAUGACUCUAAUGUUUGGAUAUUUGUGAAAUUAGAACAGACCGCAAAAGAAAAUGCCGAGAAUGUAAAGUUGAGAGAUGGAGAGCUCAAUGCCAGAAUCGUGGAACUAGAACAGUCGGCAAAAGAAAGUGAAAAUCGAUUUGCGAAAUUGGAACAGAAGCAAACCCAGGUUAUCACUAAUGAACAGGAAGUACCCCCCGCAAAAAAUAUUUUACCGCCUAUCAAAGAUCAGUCCGAUAAAGAUAAUGAUAUUACUCUCGAUCCCAUUUCAUCGGAUCAAUCUAAUUUAUCGUGUGAUAUAUCGCGAGAACAGAAAAAUAACCAAUCAAAAUCUCAGAAUGCAUCUUCUGGCUCGCUUCAAAAUCCCAUCUCACAGAGUAAGGAUGACCUUGCGUCUAAAUUAGAUCAAUCAAAGAUAAAGUCUCCUUGUCUCGAGCCCAAAUUAUCUACUGAUCAAGAGCAAAAUGAAAUCCUUGAACUAAGUGAUAUCCCGUCCCAAAUAGCAGAAGCUAGUACAUUGGUAAAAAUUCCCUAUAAUCAGAGAGUAGAACAAGGUUCUGUACCUCAUUUAGCUCAUUUAUUUGGCAAGGCCGAGAAAACUGGACGAAAAGAAAAAUUGCGAUGGUAUUAUUAUAGUGAGGGAUAUGAAAAAAAAGUUUCGGAUCUUAGUUCAGGAAAAAAUAUCAGUGAUCAAAUGGCGAGAACGCAAAUAUAUGAUGAAAUAAUGCAGUAUCUACCUGGUAUCAAGAGAGAGUAUUUGCUCAAAAUGACCCCAAAAGCUAGAGCUAUUUAUACAUUAUUCAAAGGUAUAGGAAUAGAUAAAAUUGAGUAUAUUAUAUAUAGUGCUGAUGCUAUUUCUAGUUUAACCGGUACACAAAUUCAAAAUAUUAUAAAUCUUUAUACUAAAGAAUUAGAUGCGAAAGUAUUAUCGUCUGAAUCUCAAAAAUUGAUCGGCGUGAAGAAUUCUUCACGCGCAUAUGGCCAACCGAAAUCUGAUAUAGAAACUAAAAUGCCACAGAACCAGAACCUGCUUUUGCCAAGACAAUUCUUGUCUGUUCCCUCAGGAAGGACCACUAUAGGAACUUUGAUAAAUGUAUCGGAACAACAAUACGGUACAUGCCGGCAGUUGUUUCUUAAAUGGGGAGGGAUCCCUCGGUUCGUCUUGGAUAAGGCCAGUGACCCAAUUCAGCAAAAUAUGCUCGAAGAUGCAAUUGCCGGAUGCGAUGAAAAGAUAUUUAAUUAUAUUGGUGAAAGCGAUAGCAAAGAUUUAAUAAGUCACAAACUUGUUCAUAUCUACACGAACCCCCUAAUUGGUGAAGAGGAAAAUGAUGAAAGUGAUGUAGAGGUCGAGGGUGGUGAAGAGGUCGAAUACGUUAAUGAGGAACCCUAUACGCUGAAAACUAUAGUAUUUGCGUCUGAUUACGUGGGUGAAAAG